CUUCAUGCACCAGGUGACCAGGUUGUCGCGGGUAUGUACUGUAUGCUACGGCCCGCACACUUUUGGUGUGCUUCCGGCUGGCACGACGACCAGGAAAUGCACGAUUUACAACCUUCAUCCACCACCUCCAUUCAUCCCACGCAAGCGAUGUAGCACGUAUAAUCCCCGCUGUAAACGGCGGCUCUUGCUCUCAGGAGGGACCAGACACGCUCUCGAAGUAUCCUUCCUCGAGUGAUUACCGAUUUCAUUAAUUCAUCAAAUUGGACUACUUCGGCUUUGUCCUAGUGUACUUGCUUUGCUUACCUACCCAACCCUUUAACGUCUCUGAGAUACAAUUCCCCCCACCCAUCAGUAGCAGUUUCGACUCGCCCGCGAUGAGCGCCUCAGAAAUAAAGGCCAUCGAUGCUGAGAAGACGGACGCGGAGCCCGGUAUCCGCACCGUCGAGUCGACCUCGCCCGGCAAGCUUGAGCUGCCUGACUACGCGCGUGCUCUGGCUGAGUUCGACUACGCCCCCGAGGAAGAGCGCCGGAUCCUCCGCAAGAUCGACCGGCGGGUAGUUAUUACCCUCGGCUGUCUCUACUGCGUCAGCUUAAUCGACCGUGUGAACCUGGGAGCAGCAAACAUCGCCGGCAUGGGCCGCGAGCUGGAGCUGGUCGGAAACAGAUACUCCAUCGUCACGCUCGUCUUCUUCGUAGCAUACACGUUGUUCCAGCAACCGUUUAUCGUCAUCGUGCGAAAGAUUGGCCCCCGAAAGUUCCUCUCUCUGAUUGUGCUCCUCUGGGGCGCCGUCACUAUUGGAAUGGGCUUUGUCGCGGACUGGGAGCAACUAGCCGGGCUGCGAGUCGUCCUCGGAGUCUUCGAGGCAGGAUUGUUCCCCGGCUCCGUUUACCUGCUUAGCACCUGGUACACGAGAUACGAGGUCGGAAAGCGCUACUCCGUCUUCUACCUUGUGGGCAGCGGAGCCUCUGCCUUUGCAGGCAUCUUAGCCUAUGGGCUCCAGCAAAUGGACGGCCUCGCUAACCUUCGCGGCUGGCGCUGGAUCUUCAUUAUCGAGGGCAUCCUAACGUGCCUGCUGGCGCUUGUUUCCUACUUGCUGCUGGUUGACUUCCCCGACUCAGAGACUUAUUUGUGGAGCUUCCUGGACCAACGUGCAAAGGACUGGAUCAUUGCCCGGGUAAACGCAGACCGCGGUGACGCUCGUCCCGAAACCUUCAACUUGCGCAAGUACCUCUCCCCAGCCAAGGACUGGAAGGUCUGGGCCUAUGCCGUCAUCUUCUGCAACGUCACGACUAUUAAUUACGCGCUGGCUUUCUUCCUGCCCAUCAUACUAACGAAGAAUAUGGGUUUCAGCGUCGGAGCCGCGCAGUGCCUCGUAGCUCCGCCCUAUGUCGCGGCCAGUGCCUUGAUCUACGGAAGUGCUUACUUUAGCGAUAAGCAUCGGCUUCGUGCGCCCUUUCUCGUCAUGAACAUGAUUAUUGCUGUCGUUGGCCUGCCUAUUAUGGGCUUUCAUCGUAAUGCUGGCGUGCGAUACUUUGGCGUCUUCCUCGUCACCUCGGGAGCCUUGGCAUCCAUCCCUAUCGUGCUCUCUUACCAGGCCAAUAACAUCCGAGGCCAGUGGAAGCGAGCUUUCUGCAGUGGCGCCUCCAUCGGAUUCGCAGGUAUCGGCGGCAUCGUUGGUGGAUUGAUCUUUAGAGCCCAGGAUGCCCCUUACUACCGACCUGGCCUAUAUAUCUGCAUCGGACUACUUGGUCUAAGCAUCCUACUUGUCGUUUGUCUGACCGCUGCAUAUCGCACCUUGAACCGACAGGCCGACCGCGGUGAGAGAAUUCUAGAGAACGAGGACGGCGAAUUUCCACUUGAUUUCCGUUACACCUACUAGGGACGGUAAAUCUCUGCGACUAAGCUUGGAUGCUGCUGUGGAUCUGGGGGAGAUGGCUGGG